GGAGGCAGCAGCAGCAGCCGCAUUAACUCCGAACGAGCAGCCCCUCUCUACCGUCUCCUGCGCAGAGUAUCUCCCGCCAUGCCGGUGACCGAGAAGGACCUGGCGGAGGACGCCCCCUGGAAGAAGAUCCAGCAGAACACCUUCACCCGCUGGUGCAACGAGCACCUGAAAUGCGUCAACAAAAGGAUAGGGAACCUGCAGACCGACCUGAGCGACGGUCUGCGGCUCAUCGCCCUGCUGGAGGUCCUGAGCCAGAAGAGGAUGUACAGAAAGUACCACCAGAGACCCACCUUCAGCCAGAUGCAGCUGGAGAACGUGUCGGUGGCCCUGGAGUUCCUGGAGAAGGAGAACAUCAAGCUGGUGUCCAUAGACAGUAAAGCCAUUGUAGACGGGAACCUGAAGCUCAUUCUCGGCCUGAUAUGGACGCUUAUCCUGCAUUACUCCAUCUCCAUGCCUGUCUGGGAAGACGAAGGCGACGAGGAGUCCAAAAACCAAACCCCAAAGCAGAGACUCCUCGGCUGGAUCCAGAACAAGAUCCCUCACCUGCCCAUCACCAACUUCAGCAACAACUGGCGGGACGGCAAGGCCUUGGGAGCGCUGGUCGACAGCUGUGCCCCCGGUUUGUGUCCAGACUGGGAGUCUUGGGAUCCGAAGAAACCCGUAGAUAAUGCCCGAGAGGCUAUGCAGCAAGCUGAUGAUUGGCUGGGGGUUCCCCAGGUGAUCGCGCCGGAGGAGAUUAUCCACCCGGAUGUGGACGAGCACUCCGUCAUGACGUACCUUUCACAGUUCCCCAAAGCAAAAUUAAAACCGGGGGCCCCCCUCAAACCCAAACUCAACCCCAAAAAAGCAAGAGCCUAUGGGCGAGGGGUGGAACCCACUGGUAAUAUGGUGAAGAGACCGGCGCCCUUUACGGUGGAGACCAUCAGCGCGGGGCAGGGAGAAGUGCUGGUGUUUGUGGAGGAUCCGGAAGGAAUCCGGGAAGAGGCGAAGGUCACCGCCAAUAAUGACAAGAAUAAAACGUUUUCGGUGGAGUACGUCCCCAAAGUGACGGGCGUCCAUAAGGUGACGGUCCUUUUCGCCGGCCAGCACAUCUCCAAGAGUCCAUUCGAGGUCAGCGUGGAGAAAGCCCAGGGAGACGCCAGUAAAGUUACUGCCAAAGGUCCGGGACUGGAGGCGUCCGGCGUCGUCGCAAACAAACCGACCUACUUCGACAUCUACACGGCAGGAGCCGGUGUCGGAGAUAUUGGCGUCGAGGUUUCGGACCCUCAAGGGAGGAACAACGCCAUGGAGUUGGCCAUUGAGGAUAAAGGGAAUUGUGUUCACCGUUGCACCUAUAAGCCUCUGAAAGCCGGACCGCACAAAGUCAGCGUCAAUUUUGGAGGAGAAGCUACUCCCAAGAGCCCGUACACCGUCAUCGUUGGGGAAGCGUGCAACCCCAACGCCUGCCGUGCCAGCGGCCGAGGCUUGCAGCCCAAAGGCGUCCGGAUUCGGGAAACGGCAGACUUCAAGGUGGACACCAGAGCCGCGGGAAGCGGAGAACUUCACGUUUCGGUCAAGGGACCAAAAGGCUUGGACGAGAUCGUGAAGGAGUUGGGUUUUGCGGACGGGGUGCAUUCGUUCGAGUAUUACCCCAUCAGUCCCGGGAAGUACGUGGCUACGAUCACCUGGGGAGGACAUCACAUUCCCAAAAGUCCAUUUGAAGUUCAGGUGGGCCCCGAUGCCGGCCCCCAGAAGGUACGAGCCUGGGGACCCGGGCUUACCGGUGGUAUGGUUGGGAAGUCUGCAGACUUUGUGGUGGAGUCUACCGGUACGGACGUCGGCUCAUUGGGUUUUGCCAUCGAAGGCCCGUCCCAAGCGAAGAUCGAAUGCGAUGAUCAAGGUGACGGCUCGUGUGACAUUAAAUACUGGCCGAAGGAGCCGGGCGAGUAUGCGGUUCACGUUAUGUGUGACGACGAGGAUAUUAAGUACAGUCCUUUCAUGGCCUACAUCCAGCCUGCGUCUGGAGACUUCGACCCAGAUAAGGUUAAAGCCUACGGUCCCGGUUUGGAGAAAUCCGGCUGUAUCGUUGGAAACCCAGCGGAAUUUUUUGUGGACACCGCUGACGCCGGGAAUGCCCCUCUAAAGGCUUAUGCACAAGACGUGGAAGGGAACCCUGUGGAAAUUAACUCAAAGCCCAAGAAAGACGGCGUCUACGCGUUCUCUUACCACCCAACCGCGCCAAUCAAACACACCAUCGCCGUGACGUACGGAGGCGUUGGCGUCCCUAAAAGUCCCUUUAGGGUCAACAUUGGCCAAGGAAGUCACCCACAUCUAGUUAAGGUUUUCGGCCCCGGCGUGGAGAAAACCGGUCUGAAAGCGAAUGAGCCGACGCAUUUUACUGUGGACUGCACGGAGGCAGGAGAAGGUGAUGUCAGCGUUGGGAUUAAGUGUGACGCUCGCGUGGUCAGCGAUGAGGAGCAGGACAUUGAGUUUGAUAUCAUUCCCAAUGCCAAUGACACCUUCACGGUGAAAUAUACCCCCCCUGCUGCCGGACGCUACACCAUUAAAGUUCUCUUUGCCGGAGAGGAAAUCCCCUCCAGUCCAUUCCGGCUUAAAGUUGACCCGUCACACGAUGCCAGCAAGGUUAGGGCUGAAGGUCCGGGACUAAGCAAAUCGGGUGUAGAAAAUGGAAAGCCGUCGCACUUCACGGUGUUCACCAAAGGCGCGGGGAAAGCCCCGGUCGACGUGUCCUUUGUCGGCCCAGAACCAGGAGAUGCGGUGAAGGACUUUGAGAUUAUUGAUAACUAUGAUUAUUCUCACACCGUCCGAUACACUCCAGUCCAACAGGGCAAAAUGAAAAUAGCGGUGAAUUACGGAGGAGACCCCAUUCAGAAAAGUCCAUUCACGGUUGGAGUGGCCGCUCCUCUGGACCUCAGCAAGGUCAAAGUCAACGGUCUGGAUAGCCGAGUGGAGGUGGGGAAAGACCAGGAGUUUGUGGUGGAUACGAAAGGAGCUGGGGGUCAGGGUAAGCUGGAGGUGAAAGUGUCCAGUCCCAGCCGGAAGUCGGUGCCAUGUCUGGUGGAACCCGUUCCUAACAAAGAGUCCAGCACGGCCAAGUAUAUUCCCAAAGAAGAAGGCGUCUACAGCGUUGAUGUGAGUUAUGAUGGGAAUCCCGUUCCUGGAAGUCCGUAUACGGUGGAAGCCACGUUACCUCCUGAUCCCACAAAGGUUAAAGCCUAUGGCCCCGGCCUGCAAGGAGGUCUUGUUGGGAAGCCUGCAGAAUUCACUAUUGAUACCAAAGGAGCAGGUACCGGUGGACUUGGCCUAACUGUUGAAGGUCCUUGUGAAGCUAAAAUUGAAUGUUCAGAUAACGGUGACGGAACCUGCUCGGUCUCUUAUUUCCCAACUACCCCUGGGGAGUAUUUUGUAAAUAUUCUUUUUGAAGAGACCCACAUCCCUGGGUCACCCUUCCAAGCCGACAUAGAAAUGCCGUUUGAUCCAACCAAAGUCGUUGCUUCCGGCCCGGGCCUGGAGCGCGGUAAGGUGGGGGAAACCGGCUUGGUCCACGUCGAUUGUUCGCAAGCAGGGCCGGGAAAGUUGGCAGUGGAAGCCGUGUCCGACUCUGGUUCCAAGGCAGACGUAAACGUUCAGGAUAAUAAAGAUGGAACCUACGCGGUGACCUACGUGCCGCUCUUUGCCGGCAUGUAUACGCUGGCUAUGAAGUACGGCGGAGAACCGGUGCCGAAGUUUCCCGCUCGCGUAAAAGUUGACCCGGCUGUGGAUACCAGCAGAAUUAAAGUUUUUGGACCUGGAGCCGAAGGGGGUGAGGUUUUCCGAGAAGCCACAACAAAUUUUACCGUGGAUGCGCGACCUCUGACAAAGACCGGGGGCAAUCACGUCAAAACCAAAAUCACCAAUCCUUCCGGAGGCUCCACGGAUUGUAUCGUCAACGAUAACGGAGACGGGACGUAUGACGUGGAGUACACGCCGUUUGAGAAAGGUAUCCAUAACGUGAAGGUGACGUACGACGAUGAAUCCGUCCCGAACAGCCCGUUUAAAGUGGCCGUGACGGACGGAUGUUUCCCGGAACGAGUGAACGCUCAGGGCGCCGGAUUAACGGAAGCUUUCACCAACAAACCCAACGCGUUCACAGUCGUUACCAGGGGGGCAGGGAUCGGAGGUCUGGGAAUUACGGUCGAAGGGCCGUCGGAGUCCAAAAUGUCUUGUAAGGAUAACAAGGAUGGAAGCUGCAGCGUGGAAUACAUCCCUUACGCCCCGGGAGACUACGAUGUCAACAUCACGUAUGAUGGAGAACACGUUCCAGGAAGCCCCUUCAAAGUCCCCGUGAAGGAUGUGGUGGAUCCCAGCAAGGUGAAGGUAUCUGGACUCGGAGCGGGGCAAGGAGUCCGGGCAAAAAUCCCUCAACAAUUUACUGUGGAUUGCAGCAAAGCGGGGGUCGCUCCGCUGAACGUGCAGGUGAUGGGGCCGAGAGUCGAUGAGACAGAUUCGCUAACGAGACGCAGCCCGCUGAAAGCCAUUUCAGAUUUCUUUAAAGGUGACUUCAAGCGAGAUGCAAACGGCUCAGGGGUGGUUGAACCCGUUGAAGUGUCAGACAAUGGAGACGGGACGCAUACAGUGAGCUAUACACCCAGUGUGGAGGGACCAUACACCGUCUCUGUCCAGUACGCAGACGAAGAGAUCCCCCGAAGUCCUUUCAAGGUGAAGGUUCUCCCAACUUAUGAUGCCAGCAAAGUCACAGCCAGCGGCCCUGGGCUCAGCUCCCAAGGGGUUCCUGCGAGUCUGCCUGUGGAUUUCGCCAUUGAUGCUAAGGAUGCUGGACAGGGCUUGCUAUCUGUCCAAGUUACUGACCAAGAGGGCAAGCCGAAAAAAGCCCAAAUUCUGGAUAACAAAGAUGGUACCUACGCUGUGUCCUACGUCCCGGACAAAACUGGACGCUAUCAGGUUGCAGUGAAGUACGGAGGUGAUGACAUCCCAUACUCCCCUUACAGAAUUCGAGCAACGCCAUCUGGAGACGCCAGUAAAUGUACAGCUGCAGGUCCCGGAAUCCAAUCGGCAGUAAAGACCGGGGAAGAGGUUGGGUUUGUGGUUGACGCCACCACGGCAGGGAAAGGUAAAGUGACCUGCACCGUUCUAGACCCCGAUGGCUUGGAGUCGGAAGCCGAUGUCAUCGAGAACGCAGAUGGAACGUACGACAUCUUCUACACUACGGCUAAAACCGGGCCCUACGUCAUACAUGUGCGCUUUGGUGGAGUGGACAUUCCAAACAGCCCGUUCACAGUGAUGGCUACAGAUGAAGCCCCCGUCGCGGUGCAGAAUCUGGCUCUUAAUGCUAGUCCUCCAGGAUACCAGGAUCUGGUGUCGGAGUCCCCGUACUCUCAGGUUGGGUCGAUAAACGGCCUGGGGUUCAAGCCUUUUGAUUUGGUCAUUCCAUUUGCCGUCAGGACCGGAGAUAUAACAGGCGAAGUUCACAUGCCUUCUGGGAAGACAGCGCCAGCAGAAAUUGUAGACAACAAAGACGGGACGGUGUCCAUCCGAUACGUGCCGACGGAGACCGGUCUUCACGAGCUGCAUAUUAAAUGCGACGGAACUCAUAUUCCAGAAAGCCCUCUGCAGUUCUUCGUGAACUAUCCAGACACGGGGAGCGUUUCUGCGUUUGGUCCGGGGCUUAUAUACGGGGUGGCCAACAAGCCGGCGACAUUCACCAUCGUAACGGAAGAUGCGGGUGAAGGUGGUCUGGAUUUGGCCAUCGAAGGACCCUCUAAAGCGGAAAUCAGCUGCAUCGAUAACAAAGACGGAACGUGCAGCGUGACGUAUUUGCCAACCCUGCCGGGAGAUUACAGCAUUCUGGUGAAAUACAACGACACUCACAUUGCCGGGAGCCCGUUCGUCGCCAAAAUCACAGAUGAUAGCAGACGACGCUCCCAGGUCAAGCUCGGCUCCACGGCUGAUUUCCUGCUGGACAUAAACGAGACCGAUCUGAGCCUCCUGACCGCCAGCAUCAAAGCCCCGUCCGGCCGCGACGAGCCCUGCAUCUUGAAGAGGCUUCCAAACAAUCAUAUCGGUAUUUCCUUUAUCCCACGGGAAGUUGGAGAGCACCUGGUCAGCAUAAAGAAAAAUGGCCGCCAUGUCCCCAACAGCCCGAUCUCCAUCAUGGUGUAUCAAUCCGAAAUAGGAGACGCCAGCAAGGUGAAGGUGUUUGGACCGGGGCUGACGGAAGGACGCACGUUUGAGAUGUCUGAUUUUGUUGUGGACACCAGGGAGGCGGGCUAUGGCGGACUUUCGCUAUCGGUGGAGGGACCCAGCAAGGUGGACAUCCAGACAGAAGACCUGGAAGACGGAACAUGCCAAGUAUCCUACUGUCCGACGGAGCCUGGCGUUUACAUAGUUUCCAUCAAAUUCGCGGACGAGCACGUUCCAGGAAGUCCCUUCACGGCCAAAGUCAGCGGGGAAGGGAGAGUGAAAGAGAGCAUCGUCCGCAGAAGAAAAGCACCGUCCGUGGCCUCUGUGGGUGGCAUUUGUGAGCUAAAUCUGAAAAUACCAGAAAUCGAUAUGAGGGAACUGACAGCGGAAGUUACGAGCCCCUCCGGAAGAACAGAUGAGGCCGAGAUUGUUGACCUUGGCCAGAACACCACCUGCGUGCGCUUCGUGCCGCAAGAAAUGGGGGUCCACACAGUGAGUGUGAAGUACAGAGGGGAGCACGUGCCGGGCAGCCCCUUCCAGUUCACUGUUGGACCUCUAGGUGAAGGAGGAGCAGAAAAAGUCAAGGCUGGAGGUCCUGGGUUGGAGAGAGGAGAAGCUGGAGUCCCAGCGGAGUUCAGCAUUUGGACGCGGGAAGCUGGCGCUGGGGGUCUGUCCAUCGCCGUAGAGGGUCCAAGCAAAGCUGAGAUCUCAUUCGAGGACCGGAAAGACGGCUCCUCCGGGGUGUCCUACAUCGUGCAGGAGCCGGGUGACUACGAAGUGGUAAUUAAGUUUAACGAUGAGCAUAUCCCCCAGAGUCCGUUCCUGGUCCCCAUCAUCGCUCACUCCGAGGACGCCCGCCGGCUCACUGUCUCCAGCCUUCAGGAAUCUGGACUAAAAGUCAAUCAUCCGGCGGCUUUCGCCAUACGACUGAACGGGGCGAAGGGGAAGAUAGAUGCCAAAGUGCACAGCCCGUCGGGGGCCGUGGAGGAAUGCCAUGUAUCUGAGCUAGAGCCUGAUAAAUACGCCGUGAGGUUUUUCCCGCGGGAGAACGGGAUCCACUCCAUCGACGUGAAGUUUAACGGCAGCCAUAUUCCUGGAAGCCCCUUCAAGGUCAGAGUCGGGGAGCCGGGGCAGGAAGGCGACCCGGCGCUUGUCACGGCGUACGGCUCAGGCCUGGAGCGCGGCACCACCGGAAAACAGUCAGAAUUUAUCAUCAACACCACUAAAGCUGGCCCGGGGGCGCUGUCUGUCACCAUCGAAGGACCCUCUAAAGUAACAAUGGAGUGUAAGGAGUGCCCGGAAGGCUAUAAAGUGGCGUACACCCCGAUGGCCCCCGGGAACUACACGAUCGGGGUGAAGUACGGAGGACCCAGCCACAUCGUCGGCAGCCCCUUCAAGGCUCGCGUGACAGGCCAGCGACUUGUUAGCGUCGGCAGCGCCAGCGAGACGUCGUCCAUCAUCGUGCAGUCAGUAACUCGAGCGACCACGGAGACCGUCUACAGCGCCCUGCCGAGGUUCGCGUCGGACGCAAGCAAAGUGACGUCCAAGGGUGCCGGUCUGUCGAAAGCCUAUAUUGGGCAAAAAAGCACUUUUACCGUGGAUUGCAGUAAAGCGGGUUCGAACAUCCUGCUGGUCGGCGUCCACGGGCCCACGAUACCCUGCGAGGAGGUUUCUGUGAAGCAUCUCGGAAACAAGCAGUACUCGGUGGCGUACCACGUGAAGGAGCGGGGGGACUACACCCUGGUAGUGAAGUGGGGAGAAGAGCAUAUUCCCGGCAGCCCCUUCCACGUCAGCGUCCCGUAACCUCCCAGCCGGGACCCCCAAAGCAAUGAGGAUUGCAAAUCAGGAAUUUAAAAAUAAAAAAAUAAUCGAUAGGAUUGUAUAUGGAAUUUUCACGAUUCUGAGAAAUUCGAAACAUUCCGUGUAAUUUUUAGAUCUCACGUUUUUUUUAUAUAUAUCAGAGAAAUUUAACGUUUUAUGUGCGUUUUACGCGUCCGUCCGAUAAUCGAAGAGCGAAUCCUGGUUUCUGACUUUCUUCCUGCGAAAGAGGCUUAUUUAUAACUAGCGAUAUUAUUAACCUUUUAGCUGCCGUGAAGGGGAAGGUAUUUAUGGCAAAUUGGCGAUAAUGAAUCCCGAAAAUCGCAAAUAUUUGGGGAGCAAAAUUUGGAGAAACUGGAAAUGAUUUUUGGCGUAACUACUGAUUAAUGUUUUCUUAAUCCUCUUUCUAAUGUCAUUCUGAGUGAAAUAAAUGCCGACCGUACAUCAAAUCAUCGAUUUUUUUUUUUUGUCUAAAAAUGGCAUUGGGGAGGAAAAAAACUGCCAUUUUUUGUGCCUUUACAAAUAGAUAAAUGUCAUAAAAUGUUAAAUUGGUUUUUAGUGUUAAUAGAAUAAAAUAUUUUUCCUUUAGAAAGGAGAGCACAUUAUUCUGUGAUUAUUUUUUAGGGGCCCGGUUCAUAAACCGUUGUGUUCUGUAUAAAUAUAGUAUUUUCUAUAGAAUUUUGCUAAUUUAAUAGUAAAUUGAGUACUGAAUUUCUGUAUUGCUUCUUAUUUGGUACAUUUUGGGUUAUUUUCUUCAAAAAAAAUUCUUGAAAAAGUAAAUUCCUGCACCGGGCAUCUCUGAAGCUGCAAAUAAAAUUUCUCUAUUCGGGGUGUAAAAUGAUCAAAAUAUUUGUGGAAGGGGUUGUUACAAAAUAUUUCAUAUUCUGUGUAAAAUAUCUUGUCUAAAACGUUUGUUUCGUUUUUCUUUUCUGGGGGUGUUUAGUAUGUUUUUCAGAAAAAAACAAAAAAACACUAUUUUUGGAGGCAUGAAGGUGCUUUUUACUGUGAUUUGCGUCGUUACCGUGACAAUCUCGCUACAUUGUAAACACAAAAAUACUCGAAAAAUAAAAGAAAUUGAUAAACUGGAAUAAA